GAUUGUAACGGAUUAAAUGACUCGACCCGACCCGAUUUAUUCUACUAAUUUCUAUUUCAUUUUUUUUUUAAUUAUUCCUCUCAAAUUAUUUACUUUCUGGUUUGAUAAUGGCGGCCUCUUGCUUCGCAAUUCCCUUAUCUUCUUCUUCUCGAUCAUCUCACGAUGCCAUUCCCAAAUACAAAACCCUAAUCUCUUCUUCUUCUUCUUACUCUUACUUAGAAUCUCUGAAACCUCAAUUCUCUUCUUCCAAUUCUUUUCACCUCUCUUCUCUUUCUCGUCCCUUUGUAGCUCACCAACUUCAAAUCAAGGUCUCUUCUUCAGAAUUAUCAGUUCUCGAUGAAGAAAAAGAAGAAGUUAAAGGAGAAGUGAAAACUGGAGAAGGAGAAACCAAUGGAGAUAGUGUCGUCUCCGAAGCAGAACCAGUAAAGAAACCGAGACCUUGCGAGCUCUACGUGUGUAAUAUCCCUAGAAGCUACGACAUUGCUCAGCUUCUUGACAUGUUUCAGCCUUUUGGAACUGUAAUCUCUGUUGAGGUAUCGCGAAAUCCUCAGACGGGAGAGAGCCGUGGAAGCGGAUACGUCACAAUGGGUUCUAUAAACUCUGCCAAAAUCGCAAUUGCUUCUCUUGAUGGAACAGAAGUAGGUGGUCGGGAAAUGCGGGUUAGGUACUCCGUUGACAUGAAUCCAGGAGCCAGACGAAACCCUGAAGUCUUGAAUUCAACUCCAAAGAAGAUUCUGAUGUAUGAAAGCCAAUACAAGGUUUAUGUCGGAAAUCUCCCUUGGUUCACACAGCCUGAUGGUUUGAGAGACCACUUCAGCAAGUUUGGGACAAUCGUAAGCACAAGAGUGUUACAUGAUCGUAAGACCGGGAAAAACAGAGUCUUUGCCUUUCUUUCUUUUACAAACAGUGAAGAACGUGAUGCGGCUUUAUCAUUGAAUGGAACACAAUAUGAAGGUCGCAGAAUCAUCGUCAGAGAAGGUAUCGAGAAGAGUGAGUCCUAAACCAACUCUUCUGCUUUUGCUGCAAAAACAUCUCUUGGACACAAACAAUGUGUAAUGAAUGUCUUCAGAUUUC